AAAUUGUCAUUUAUGCACUUAAUUUUUGGUAUGUAUUCAAAAGCUAGAUAAAAUGUGUUAAUAUGUGAGCUUCAGAGGUGCUGGUUUUUAAUCUUGCACAGACCUAACUAGCUGUUUCCUGUCUUCAUCCUAAACUAAACUGUCUGGUGGCACCGCACGCUGAGCUGCGGUGAACAAAAGGUUAACAAAAGAUGCAAGAGAGACGCCGUGGAGGAGAAGCUGGGGGACAAAUAGACGAGCAGCAGACAGAGCACCGCCGCGACAUCCUGGACAACCUCCCCGGGUGAUGUGUUUGAUCCGCCGGCCUGUGUGCUGAGGGAGACAUCGCAGAGCUUAAUCUGAAGACCUGCAUAUCAUUAGCACAGAUUUGUGUGAAAACAAGAGGAAGGAUGGUGACCUUGGAAACCCCAGAGGCUCCUGUACCUCUGACCCCGCUGUCCCGCUGGUACCUCUACGCCAUCCAUGGCUACUUCUGCGAGGUCAUGUUCACAGCGGCCUGGGAGUUUGUGGUAAACUGCAACUGGAAAUUCCCUGGCGUGACCAGCGUAUGGGCGCUCUUCAUCUAUGGCACCUGCAUCCUCAUCGUGGAGCAGAUGUACCUGAAGCUGCGCAGCCGCUGCCCCGUGCUGCUGCGCUGCAUCAUUUACACUUUAUGGACGUACCUGUGGGAGUUCGGUACAGGGCUGCUGCUGCGCCAGUUCAACGCCUGCCCCUGGGACUACUCCGAGUUUCGCUACAACUUCAUGGGACUGAUCACGGCCGAGUACGCCGUGCCUUGGUUCUGCGCGUCCUUCAUCGUGGAGCGCUUGGUCAUCCGCAAAACUCUGCGGCUGCGCUUCCAUGAGGGACUCGAGGAUGGUUGGUCAAACCAUCAGUCAGAUGCUGGGGGUGGAGGAGGAACUGUGGGGGGUGGGAGGAGGAGAGAGAGGAGCAGAGGGAUGGGAAAUGAUGCUAACGGCUACCUUAAAGGAGAAUGAAUGAAAGAAUAUAAGGAAGGACCCAGUCUGAAACCAGCCCAGUUACCCUGCUACACCUCUUCUACCCUCUUCAGGCACUUUUCAUAAGCAGUCCUCCCCCUUAACUUUAUGGGGGAAGACAAACAGACGGCUGUGUAGACUGUGCUGGUAUGCAGAGGUAUACAGAUUAUCAGAACAGCCAGAAAACAAAACCUAACUAGGGCUUCAAAUGCCCAGAUCACUCACUGUGCUCUCUAUUGUCAACAGAGGCACAAUAACUCCAUGCUGCUGCAUCUCAUAAUGCACCCAACCAUUUCCAUGUGGGGCUGACCAGGAUUAUACUUUCAAUAUCUCCUGUCCAAUAGACUGCAAAGACCUCGGGAUAAAAAACACCAAACAACUACUAUUACAAAGAUUAGUGUUAUCGUCCUGUGAAGGAAUUAAUAAUAUUUCUGUUUUCAGGGGCAAAUCAGUCAUAGAAAUGCAGCAUAGAAAUCCUAAUAAAAAGUAGCGACAGGUGUAACAUGUUCUUUUUAAAAUGUACAUAUUGUCCUUUAGUAUUAUUCAAAGUACUGUAGUGAUGUAGCUACAAAAAGCUCUUUAAGAACGUAGUGUCCACCCCUGAAGCAAUGCUCCACGUGUCAGCUUAUAUCAUGAAUGUUUCUCUGCAGUUUGUGAAUACCCACAAUGCCUGGAAAAAAUGCAUGAAAAAAAAGUUGUCUUCCGAUAUAAUAUAAAAUUUUUACAGCACUCAUCCUGCAGUCAUACUGUACGUCUCUUUAGUCAGUUUGGUGCUUGUGUCUGGGGGGACAACAGUAGCUCAGGCAGUAGAGCCGGUCGACCAGCUAUCAUGGGUCGAUUCCCGAGUUUUCUGCUCCUGACAGCAUGUUGAAGUGUCCUUGAGCAAGACACCGAAUCCCCCCCAAACUGCUCCCAGUGAGCAGGUCACGGCCUUGCAUGGCUGCUUCUCCGCCAUCGCUGUAUGAAUGAGUGUGUGUGUGUGUAGGCUAAUAUGAGGCAUUUUGAAGCGCUAAAUAAAUGCACUCCAUUUACAAUAAUAGCAGGGGCUCUUUUCUGUUGAUGGCAAUUAUUAUCAUGAGCGGCAGCAUAUAGCACCAAACCUCUUAGCAAUUUCCUCUUUACUGUUUUUCAGAAAACCUUUUUCAUGACUCACUGUCUGCAUGCGUUUUUUGUGUGCUUUAUUGUCGUCUCAGAUCUGCCAGGGUCACAUAAGCCUCAUUACUUAAUUUUCAUUCACUGGAAAUCAGUAGGAACUCCUGUCAAAUCAUACAGUUUGCCUGUGACUGUUUUUUUCCUCUCACGUCUGUUGUCACAUUAUGAAAAAAGUGUUUCAUCAGUGAUAAAAUACUGCAGAAUUUUCUAUUGUACUGUAAGCGUGACAGCAAUAGUCAAUUUUGAGUGACACCGAAUGCCUUGAGUAACUGAAAUGGUUUAGGUUUGUCGUCAGGUUUCCCAGAUUUGAGGUUUUUGACUUUAAGAACAAAUGUCACAUUUGUAAGUUUUGGCCAUCAGAGCAUUUGUUCAAAUAAAGAGCAGGAAAAAUG